CCGCCGCUGUCACGUGUCCUGUCACGUGUCCGGGAUGGGGCAGCGCGAUCGCAUGUUCAAGGUGCUGGUGGUCGGGGACGCCACGGUGGGCAAGACCUCGCUGGUGCAGCGCUACGCCAACGACAGCUUCAACCGGCACUACAAGUCCACGGUGGGAGUGGAUUUUGCCCUGAAGGUGGUCCAGUGGUCGGAAUCAGAGACAGUCCGACUGCAGCUCUGGGACAUCGCAGGGCAGGAACGCUUCACAUCCAUGACCCGGCUGUACUACAGAGAUGCGUCAGCCUGUGUGAUCAUGUUCGAUGUCACCAACGUCAGCACAUUCAGCAACAGCCAGAAGUGGAAGCAGGAUCUGGACAGCAAGCUGGUGCUGCCGGACGGGAGCCCCGUGCCCUGCCUGCUGCUGGCCAACAAAUGCGACCUUUCCCCGUGGGCAGUGACGAGAGAUGAAGUGGAUCGGUUCAGCAAAGAAAAUGGCUUUUCUGGUUGGGUGGAGACGUCGGUGAAGGAAAACAAGAAUAUUAACGAGUCCAUGAGGGUCCUGAUUGAAAAGAUGAUGUCCUCAUCCACGGGUGAUGGAAGUUCCUCUGCUGCUGGGAGUGGGGAUUAUAUUAACAUAAAAGGGACAACCCCACCAGGCUGGGCUUGCUGUUAAACACUCUGACUGCCCAUCUCCCAUGGCUCUAGCGGCGCUGCCCUUUUAUUAUUAUCAGCAUCAUUUUUUCCUAAAGUUGUCACUGUUUUUUGGUUUUUGUUUUGUUUUCUACAUGAUUGUGAACUGUCUUCUGUUUAGUGCUUAUCCGAGAGGAGUCAGCGGAUUCCUCUUCCAGCGCAGCUGGCUGCUCUUUUGCGAGUCGUCUGUGUUCAAGCACGUGCCUUGGAUUAAUUUUGGUUUUAAUUUUGAGCACUUCAUCUUUUGACACAUGGUGGCCUGUCCCAGGCCAGCCCAAGGGUGUCAAAGGUAUAUUUUUAGUGUUGUUGCACCUUUUAUUCCCCACUGCCUGCACCCACCAGACACAGAGGCACCGGGCCAAGGUGACAGGGACUUGUCGGACACACACGGUGUUGCAGAGGCCGCUCUGUGCCUGUGGAUUCCCAGGGUGGGAUGACAGCAAACUCUUUACUUCUGGAACUACAAACCUCUGCUGCUGUGUUCUGGAGGGACCAACACAUCUCGUCGUUGCCACUAAGAUAUGAAGGCAGCUGUGGGUUAGCAUGGUGUCCCCCAAAACCAGACCUGUAAUGCGAUGGGUAUGACUUUGAGAAAUGGCGUAGCACGGAAUUGUGUAUCCCAGCUGUGGUGACACUGCAGAAACCUCUGAUUUUUGUCAAGAAUUGUUGCCUUCUGUUCGUUCCUUCUCUCUGUCCAGCACCGUCUUACAUAUUCUGUUGUGCUGCCGCUUUCCUGGGGCACCGAGAGCUGAAGGAGGAGCAGGUUGUAAACUCCUUUGUGUGACACAACGAUGCUCCUUUUCGCUUUGAGAACACACACACAUCUCCUGCCACCCCAAACAGCUUCGCGAUUGCUGCUGAAUUGCCUGCCCGCUGUUAUUCCGUGGAUUUUAGUGGGGCGAGGGGGAAGCGGAGGAGAAACAUUCACAGGACAAAACGAAAAUGAAGAGAAACUGCUCCCCGCUUCCCUUUUGCUGCCCAAGCAUCUCCCCGGGUGCUCACUGGUGAGAACGGGUCUUGCCAACAACAAAAAACCAAGGGUAAAAACACAUUAGAUUGUUAUCUCGGGACAGUUAAUGGUAAACUCGGGCUGUAGAAGUUAUAGAGUACAUUUUAUAUAAGCUUUAUAGAGUUGUCUUGCACAUGGUUUAGGUCAGGAGUUGUUCACAUGCUCUUCAAUAAGGUUUUUCCCUUCUGAAGUCAUUUAAUUUGCAAACAGGGCGAUAGAAAUUGGUUUGGUUUGAUUCUGGCUGAAUUACAACCGCUUUUCUUGGGGCGAGUAUUCCUUCUGUUUUCCUCACUUCGUAUAAUGUAUGGAGGGAGAAGGUGGGAGGGACAGGAACCAAUUGCCUUCACUAUGCACAAAAAAUUCAGAGUUUUCAUUCUCUGAAGUUGAAAAGGAAGAAAUCUGAAACUAGUGUUGCGCUCCACUGGCCUAAUUAAAAGCUAAAAUGUCUGGGCUAGGAUUUUGUUGUGCAAAUAUUACCCAAUUUGGGUUUAUAGGCACUUAGAUAUACCCUGUUCUGUGCCAUUGGAUUCACUGUAGAACCGGUUAGCAACAAAAUCAAACUGUCUGGUUGAAUUUUACGUCCUAAAUAUUGUGUUAAAAAAAGAGAAAAGAAUUGUUUUAAUCCUGUAUUUCUAGUUCUUUAUGGAACACGGGGAGAAGUGGCUGAUUUUUAAAAGGAUCUGUCAGGAAACCAUGAAGAUUUAUGUGUUAUUUAUUGAUUUCUGUACAGGCCACGCAGCUUGCAGGAAAACAUCUUUAUACCUUUUUCAGUGUGGGGUUGAGAUGCACUGGUGCCUCUUGGGUGUCUGGAUCUCUUAAGCUGGACCUUUUUCUUUUUGCAAGUGCCUCUCAGAAACAAGCAAAAGGCCAAAGAUAUUUGAAGGUUUUCUUGUGUUCUACAUGAUUUCUGCUCUGCCCAGUGGUUUCCGGUACCGGUGUGUGCCUUGGUGGUUUUUUUUCCUCCACAUUUACUGCUUGUUAACAUCUUAAUAGACACAGCAAACAAGUGUCAAAAACCAAACCCGUACAACAGAAAGUCGUUGCUUGAGAUCGGUAGAAAACCUCAACCAGACAGGAAAACGAUUUUACUGUGCAGAUGUGCGUGUUUGCUCAGAGCUCGCUCCGUGGCACACAGAGUGCUUAAAAAAGCAUAACAAAGUAAUAAUAAUAAUUAAAAACAAUGCAAACUUCUUUGCUGGGAUGGGUGGUGAAAUUGUUUGUGCCCGGCUUGUCCAGCUGAAGUAAUUCUCGUUUUUAAAACAACUGAAAGGAGAAAGCCAACUGGAGCGAAGCAGUUUGUAAGAAAUAUUUUAAACAAAGUGAAGUCUCGCUCAUGCAGACUGAUUAAAAAAACCCUGAAUCUUUCAAAUAUGAAUCAGAAAAGCCUCAUCUUUGUUCUGAUGAACCGUUUCUUUGGCAGGAAUGACCUUGUUUGAAGAUGAAGGUGCUUCAUUUUCCCUUCCGCAGCUUUGACUUCGUACUCGUUGUGUGACUCUUGUACCUAUUUCACUCUUCCAUGUGUUCUUCUUCACUCUUACAACUUUAAUUUGUGGUCACGGGACUGAGAACCACAUGAAGUUUAACGGUGUAUUUUAUAUGUUGAUGACAGCACAUGAUGGGUCCACAUAGCUGGAAAUUUUUACUGCAAUAGAAUUUGAAGUCCUGAGGGCAGACUAUAGUCAGCAAUAUCAAAACUUAUCCUCUUUUUUUAAUUGCUUGCAGUUACGCAGAUGGAUUUUAGAGACAGGGUUCUGAUUACUGUAAAGCUGCAGUAUUAUCGUGUUACUAUAAAGAAAAUAAACUGCCGGGGGAUUUUCUCCAUAUCGAUCAGUAACUAAUUGCAAAAGUUUGAAAUAAAAGUUUGAACAUUG